AUGCCCAUAUUGGCGUACAGUUUUCCUCCGUCUUUCUUCUUUGGGGGAAACGUGCCGAAUCCCCGAAAUGCCCGGAACCCCUCACUACAGCCGCAAAGGACAAGCAUAAUAAAAAAUCUCGGCGCGUUCCCCCAGACUCGGAGUUAUCUUGUUCUAGUAAGUACAAGCCGGAGUUGUCGUGGUGAUGGACUUUGGGGAUGCAAGAAGCGCUUGCAGUGUGAGAUCCACAAGCCACAUCAUCGACUGUUGGUCGAACGGUGUGACGAGGCUGGUAAUAAUGGCGCAGGAAGCUAG